AUGUCGAAGGAACGUUUCCAAGUUCAGACGAUUGUACCAGCGUGCAACCAGGCAUUAUUUUCGAUUAGAGUGACACAGUAUCGGUGAAAAUAGUUCGAGUUUGUGAAUAACAAUACUCCGCUAACAUUUUUCCAACAGAAACAAUCUUCAGAAACACAUGUGGUGCUAUUCAGUCUUCAUUUCGAUACAGAAAGCAAGCCCUCUGUUGAUGAAACUUCCUUCACACUCAACGAAGUCGCUGCAUGGCCAGCUAGAAAGCUGGAAAUAAUUUGGAUAGAAAUAUCACGGUGAAAGUGCAUGUGGUGUCUGGCUUGCUAAUACCACUGGAUAUCGCAGAGAAAAGGUUGAGACCGUCAGCAAGGUUUGCAAAUACGAUAUUAUGCGCACCCAUCCCACGAUCUUCCAUCGAUAGUUACUUACCCUAUGCUACAGUAUACUCGUCUCAGAGCCACGCACUUCUGUAAAACCCGUAAUGACGGGAGUCGACUGGGGACAGUAGGCCAACAGUCUAGUUUUAGCGCAGUCGUAUAUUAGAGUUAGAACUGAAAGGGCGUGAGUUGAGAGUAGUAUGUUCUAUUUCUUAUCAUAUGGUAGAGGCUUACUUUCAACAACAACAUAAGAAAUAGCAUACUGCUUUUCGAAAGGAAUAUAUUCUCUGAGGAAUACCUAUAAAUUUGUGUUGUUUUUUUUUAUCUGUGGAAGAUCGAUAUGGCGUUACCUAACUUAUAGUUAUACUCUUACUGUUAGCGCCUUUCUCUAUCUUACGCUUAUUAGAAACUGGUGUUGUCGAUCGGAAAGUUCAGUGAAGGAAGAAGGUUUCUGUGAGAGAGUGAAUAGCCUACAUUAAUAUUGGUGGUGCUUUUUUCAAAACGUUGGGAUAUGUUAAGGAUCGGGCUUUGCCAAUUAUCAUGUGAAUAUUUAGUUGACGUAUGUGUUAGUAUUCGAAGAGUGCUUAGGCGAUAGGUUGUAACGUCACGUCACGAGCCUUGUUAUUCUGAUCUCAAGCUUUGUUUAUUUGCUAGAAAUACGUACGAUAGUAUUACGCCAGUAAAGAUUUCGUUGUUUGCAAGCCAAUGAUAACGUUUUUAUGUUAUACAUAACAGCAAUGUUCUAGAAAGGCAAACCUGUCACUUCAAGAUGUACUUUCAAAGUUUUGUGACUUCUGUCCGUCCGUGUGAUUCUCGGACAGCCACUUCAGUGGAUGUACCCAUGACAACCACUGGACGGGAACGAAACAUCCCCCUCGACCUCUCUGUAAAGCAACCGUCUCGCUCCAUGAAGCUAGCUGCGCUAUGCACGUCGGGACUGAGUCGAACCAAAACUUUAUCAUCUGUCACUGACCCGUCUUCUAUUCACUUAAACUUCCGGCCUAACGGAGAAGAAUACACAGGUAACAGCGCAGUUAACGUAAUGUCCACAUCUACGUUAUUGUGUUCUAGAAAAAGUCCUCUACCCUCAGACUUGGGUAGACGUCCCUCAAGUGGGAAAGUCAGUUUUUUAGAAAAUGGCGAGCCACGUUCAGCAGCAAGUGUCCCACCCUACGUAGGUCCAUACACACCUCUUCCUGUACGUAGAUCGACCCCAACUGACGCUUGUCUAGUUACUAAUGCUCCGUACAGGCAAGUUCCAUACCAUGUUAUGAAUGCAUCUUCUUCAACGAUUAGCACAGGGAGCUACGACAACAGAGAACAUUUCAUAGUCACCAGAUAUGGUGGAGACUCGCACAAUGGGAGCGUUCCAUCUUUUGCUGGAUCAUCUCAACGUUUUCCGUAUAUUAAGAGUUCACACACUUCACGUUCACUACCUGCUAUCGGAACGAAUCAGAGUCAAAAUCAUCUCACCUGUCGAACUUCGCCCUCUGACAUGAGAGGUCACAAUUCUUGGAAUGGGUUGAUCAGGGAAAGGAACUGCAAUUCCGUAGAGAACCACCCUGUUGGACUUUCUGUGAAAUCGUAUUAUUCCAGCUUGGGAGGAUUAGCUAGGCUAGAAGAUGACAUGCGAUCACAGUCCAAUCUGGUCCAGUCGUCACAAGAAAUGUAUAAAGGACAACACAGUAAGCAAAACGGAAGCGUUGGAGAUAACCUCCCACCAGCCUUGCCUGCGAGGCCUCAUUUCAGAAAUAGUAAAAACACGGUGAAUGAAGUUAUAGUCAUUGAUGACGAUCCCGAACCUACACACAUUAGUCAAGAAAGCAAAGUAAAGGUUGAGUCGACGGUUACACAGCUCCAUGCUAUACCCACUGAGCAUUCUGAUUUACCAAUCAAACGCCAUUGCAGCACCGAAGAUAAUGAAGCCAAUAUCAAAGGUCCCAAAAUGCCACGUUUAGUAGCAUUCUGUGGAAAUAAGUCGUCUGAAAAUGACGGUCAAGCGAAUGUUAUACUGUACCCCGACCCCCCAGCUCUUACAGCGGCUGUGGUAACCAUAGCAACCACGAAGCAAACUGGAAUGCUAAAUAAUACUAGUUGUUCUUCACCGAAAGUGACAGUUGCUCCUAAGGUGGAGAAAAAAUGUGAUACAAAUUAUAAUUUGACCAGAGAUCCGAAAUAUUUAUAUUUGUCCAAGAAUUUGCAAAAGGGACAAGAAGAACUAAAUGUUAACGUAAAUAAUGUAUCCCAAGAACAGGCAUGUCGUAAUGUAAUUUUGGCUGAUUUUUCUAAUUCAUUGAAUGACAGCGUUCAAGACACAUCUCAGGAAAUAAACAUUUCUCAAGAAUUUGAUACAAAUGAAUCAACCUCAUCGCUUAUUGGAAUCAAUUCAUCAUCAAAUGAUGCACUACUUUCCAAAACCGAAAGUCUAACACCUAAAUCAAACAUGUUUAAUCAAAUCACGGACACAGAAGGUGAAAAUAAAAAUGUGUUGCAUGAACAUUCACUUCAAGUUUCAUCUGUAGAAAUGAACAACUUGUCUUCUUUUGUUACUACAUCUCAGACAAUUCUUGGGGUUGAGAGCUCCAUUUCUCUGCUCUUACCUUCUGAAACCCACGAUUUGUCUCGGCAAAAUAUGUGUACCGAGAAAAAUGGUAAACCGUUGCUAGUUAGUGUAUCCUCCCCUUUCACACAAAGAGACACCAGCAGUGGAACACUAGUGCCCGACUUAACACAAAAUACAUAUAGAUCAACUAGCAUAACAAACCCACCUAUGUUCAACAACGUGUCUGGACAGGUCACACACAUCGACACCUCAAAUGAAAGUUUACAAAACGAAAUUUUAUCUAAUCAGAAAACAGAUCCUGUAUUUUGUACCGAACCAGACAAUAAUACAUCAUUAUCACGCCCUAUAUCUCGCCAGAUCUUGAAUAUCGAUAAAAAUAGCGCGUCUUUGUUAAAGCCUGUUCAUUAUCACCUUCCUUGCAUUGAAGCAAACAGCAGAUCUUUGAUAAGCCCCGUCCAUCCUCAGGCUCUUUAUACUGAAGCAAACAAUAACACUUUUUUAAAACCUUUACUUCAUCAGGUCUCGUUUACCGAAAAAAAUAACGAACCUUUGUUAAACUCUGUCCAUCAUCAGGUCCUUCGUGUUGAAGAAAGCAGUGGAUCCUUGUUAAGCUCUGUCCAACAACACGUAUCUCAUUCUCAAGUAAACUGUGGUUCAUUAGUGGGCCCUGUCCGUCAUCAGGUCUCUCAUAUCAAAACAAAUAGUGGGCCUUUGCUAAACCCUAUUCAUCACCAGGUGCUUCGAACUGAAGUAAACAAUAGAUCUUUGCCUAGCCUUGCUUAUGAUCAAGUUCCUUAUCGUAAAGAUAAAGUUAGCAAUGCGCCUUUAAGCUCUUUACCUCACCAGAACUUGCGUACCAGUACAAACAGUGAGGCAUUGUUACAACCAUCAUCUUUUCAAGUCCGAAGCACUGAUGUAAAUAUUGUACCUGUGUCAAACUUAAAAUCGCGUCAUGUAACUCAAAUACAAGCCAAUAAUGUAUCUGUAUUGAAUACAGUUUCUCCAGUCCCAAAUAUGAAGGCUACCAACAUGCCUAUAUUAAACAGAACAUCUGAUCGGAGCCCAGGCCCUACCGCCAAUAACACAAAUUAUGGAAGCCCAAAUGUUGAUCUUAAUAGAACAGUGUCAUCUAGCAAUACAUCAUAUACAUUCUCACAUGCAGAGGUUAGCAAAAGAUGUUCGAUAAACAACAUCUGUCAUCAGGUACCAUGCAGUGAAACUAGUGGUAUUCACAUGUUGAAUAAUACAUCUCACCAGGGCCCAGCUUUGUUUAAUACAUCUUAUCUUACCACAUGCACUAAUGCAAAAAGAUUAUCUUUGUUGAACAAUACUUCAGAUCCAGUUAUUCUUACAGAGACGUCUAACAACACAACUGUUUUAAACAAUAAUUCUCAUCUAGUAUUAGGUUCUCAGGUCAACAGACCAUCUGCUUCAAACAGUACCUUUUACGUAAAUCCGGGUGCUGUGGAAAACAAACCACCACUGCUGCCACACAGUGCGUCUCGUCAGACUCCUGUUAAUGAAAUCAACAAAACACUUUUUUCAAACAGUACAAGUUCUGAGCUGCGUACUGAGACUGAUGUAAAACUUCUGUCAGAUAAAACUUUUUACCAAGUUUUUAGUGCCGAGACCAAUAGGAAGAAGUUGGAAAACGGCUCAUCUAGCCACCUACCAGAAAACCAGAAAAUUUCAUUACUAAAACCUGUAGUUCAUCAGACAACCUUACAUACACAAACCAAUAGUGCCUCAGAAGUAAACAAUAUUUUUCCUAAUCGAGUCUCAUCCAGCGAGAAUACUAGCAAAACUACUCCUUAUCAGAUUCUAAACGCUACUCUUAGUGGUAUACCCGUUUGGAAAUUCGCCGAAAACCUGAAACCUGUGAAAACCGAAGUACACGGUAAAAUGAUAUAUCGUAAAAGCCUUCCCGAAUUUACAAAUUACAAUAAACUUCGAAGUUCACAGACAAUGUGUACAGUUGGAUCAGGAAACAUACAACCGCGUAUAGUUAAAGCACCUUCCUCGCCAGGGCUGAAGGAAGUUUUACUUCAAACUAGUAAAAACAGUUCAGUUUUGAUUGACAGUCUAAAUGCCACAUCUAAAACGCCAAUGUUGAUGAAAUCUACAGUUGGAGCUACUGUUGAAACCAAAAGUUGUUUGUUAAAUAAUUCGAUCCAAACUUCCACUGGUUCAUUCUUAAGCAGUUUGGAAAUCCAGACUAACAAAAUGUUUAGGACCACCGAAGGAAGCAGUUCAUCAGUCGACACUAAAGUUAAUGAUCAUCUAAAUGUGGAAACCACCAGUUCCUUAGUAUUGAAUAAUAAUAGUAUCAAACCCACCAAUACAAAAAGUUUGUUAAAAAACACUGUCCUUCAUAAGCUAUUGUCGUGUCCGCCGUCAGAAUCUCCUUUACCGAAUACCAACAAAAACAUGAACAGUACAGACUUGAAAAAAACUCUUAAACCCACAACCAAGACAAAUGACAGAAAAUGGGUUGGAGUCAAGUGGAAACCAGGAAACAGUGGUCAGGAAGAAAGUGAUCAACCUACAAAAAAAUACCUAAAUGGGAAUGGCUUGAAGCAUCAAACUAAGCCUGUCAGGAAGCGGUGUCAAACAGUGCAGCCUCGUACUAAAGCUAGACAACGCCUUCGAAAAAUUACUAGAUCAAAACAGAAACUCGCUGCGUUACGGGAUAAGGAUCGAUCAUCAACCGAAAAACACGUGAGCACGAGAGCCCAGCAACGUCGACACCAGUUCGUAGACUUUCAACCUAGAGUGUUAGGAGUACGAACCAGGAAUCAAACUGGACUGAAUGGAAACCUGUCGUCUAGAAGCUGUAAAAACAAUAAUAAAUACACUAAUGUAAAAAAACGAGAAAAUGAAUUUGUUCAUGAAGUCAAAAGUAAAAGGAAUCUCCGAAAACACCUGCUAAAGAAUGUAUACGUGGAAGAAAAAGGUUCAGGAGAUGAAAGUAUUGCAAGAAAGCCCGAGGAAGAGAAUGCAGAUUCAGCGUUAAAAUUGGCCAAAACUAACACGCCCAUGUCGCGAUGUACUUCGUCUUGGCAAUCAAAGCAAAAGAAACAGAAUGGUCGCCAUGCGGUUCGAAGAAAACGAUUAAAAUCAGGAUUGGAUAUGAUACCAAAACCAUACAAAAGGAAGAAGACAAAACCGGUAAAAUCUGAUCUACCAGUAAAUGAGGAGUUAACAGAUGCCUUUAGUCUGGAGAACUGCAAAGAAGAGAGAACUAAAACAAAAUAUGACAAGAUAUCCUUUGAUUUCUCCAAUGGCGCCCCUCUUGAAAUGAAACGGAUAAUGGUAAACAAAGCACUGGGGGAAACCGUACUUCACAGAGCUUCCAGACUCGGCUAUCUGGAAGCAGUGUUUUAUUGUCUUGAAACAAACUACUGUGAUGUCAACGCUCGUGACAACGCAGGUUACACGCCUCUGCACGAGUGCUGCUCACGUGGAAACCUUGAAAUCGCAAACGCUCUUGUUCAGCACGGUAGUGACGUCAGUGCGAGCGCUGUCGGAGGAAUAAGGCCUCUUCACGAUGCAGUGGAAAAUGAUCAGUUGGAAAUCGUACGGCUGCUGCUCUCCCACGGAGCUGAUCCUCUGAUAGCCACAUACUCUGGACUAACCCCUCUCAAGCUGUGCAAGUCUGCUGUAUUAGAGGAAUUCUUUAAAGGCUAUAUGAACGAUCUCAGCGGACAGACAGACACAUUAUGGCGGUUUCCAGGCUCAGCAACUUGUUUAGACGUAAAAGAAGUAGGCUACGAUAUCUGGGAAGGCCUCCCGUCAGACUCUGAGAACGAGGCUGAAGACAAGGACGACUUUGUGUUCGAGGUUAGCGAUACGCCUCACCUCCCGACUUUUCGUGUUCGGUUGCCAGGCACGGACAAUAGGAUACUUUCGAACUGCAUUCGCCUUACUGAUGUUCUUCGACAAAUUGGACUUACAAAAGAAGAAUUCGUUCAGUUUUAUCGCAAUAUUGAGAUUUUCUCAAUUCCUAAGCACGAGUUUGACGGAAGCGCCACCUGCAGACAGCUUGGGACAGACACGAAACUGGACCCGCUGUUGAUUAGUUCCGAGGAUAGCGAAAAGACUACAGUCGACGUUCUUAACCUGAGCAAUGAUGUAAGAGAAGUUCUUGGGAUUGAGAUAGUUACCCUUAGGUAGGGAUGUUCGCUUGUUCUAGGAAAUUAGUGAACACUUUAACCUUCAAGAUUUUCCCAAAUGGAACAGGACGUUAGAUUUCGUUGAUGAUGCUUCGUUUAAAUUAUUAGAAAGUGCUUGGAAUACGAUUGUUCUUGGAAUAAAGCCAGUUGUACAAAGAUGUGCGAGCGCAACAUCAAUCGUUUCGAGUUGCCAUGGCUACUGCAUGCUAGGUGAUACCAACGUGAAAGUUUGCAGAAGAGUCUGUUUUCCAAAACACGCGAAGCACUAACGUAUAACGUAAUCACGUGACUUAUUGUUGUAUUUUGUGAGCCAUCUGUGGUCAUGUAGACCUCUUCCCAUAAUAUUAGACUUACUUAAGAAUGUGUGACAUGGAAUGCGGUUAACUCGCAAUGUUUUAGGAAUGAAUAAAUAUCUGCUUUGUUUUGCUUUAUACGUAUAAUUAACAACAACAGAAAAGAGAAAAAAACGAGAUCACCAACGCUUAUAGUGUGGUGUUGUCAUAUCUAGAUUGGAUGUACAUAUGUACAUAAGAGUUAGAAUACCUAUAAAUUAUUAUAAUCCGUGAAAAUUAUUAAUUUCUAAAAUUGUUUUCUUGUUGGUUGUGCUAUAUUAAAGUCGUUUUCUUAAA